CGGCUGUCCGAAAUGGAUAUGGCCAGCAGGCCGAAAAAGGUUGGGCAUCACUGAUCUAGAACAAUACUCGCGAAGAGACUCUGUGAGGAUACAUGGCCUCCCGGAUAAUGGCAGGGAGGAAACAAGUUGGGAUUGUGAGCAAAAAUUCCUUAAAGUUGUCAAUAUUACUCUUGGUCUGCCAGACAUCAACACUCACAAUAUCUCAGCGCUGCAUAGAGUGGGGAGACUCCAGCAAGGCAAACCGAGACCGGUGAUAGUUAAAUUUAUCUCCAGAAAAGACAAGGAACAAGUCAUCAAAGCGCGCUGCCGAUUGAAGGGAUCAGGAAUCGUUAUAUCUGAGGACCUUACACAUUUAAAUAUUCAAAGACUUAAUCGUCUCAAACAACAAGAAGGAGUGGUAGACGCAUGGUCGGCAGCAGGAGGUAGGCUGUUUGCAAAACUUCGAGAUUCCAGUGUGGUAGAAAUAAAAAGUGGAGACACGAGUCCCAUAGACAGGAAGCUAACUGAGUUACACAACGAACAAAGAAGUCAACACCAAAGGAGGAGCGAGGGCAACCCGCAACGCUUUCCUCAGGAUACCCAUCAGAGGCAGCAUGUUCACCGGCCGCAAAUUCAUCAGCAGCCGAACCAUACAGAAAGAGCCCAGCGGGGACUGUCAACACCUCCCUCUCAGCUCUCAAGAUCCAGCCAUAUUCUACCCCAACUACACCUACAUCAGCCGCGGAAGCAGUUUCGCCCCAACCAGAUCAACAAACCGUGAAUGAAGUGACUGAGGUGUGCAGGGGAUGAGCAAUUGUGUAUAUAAAGGAUAUUACUUGUGCAAAAAACAAUUCUAUUUCUCAACACCAGCUUACUGACACGGAUAUAGGAGCAAGCGAAGCCGGGAUCGAAAUGGGAGUGGCCACAGCUCGUCCCAUUCCCAAAGCUAAUUGCCUUGCAAGUCAUGGGCGUUUCCUGAGUGGACUGGUGACUGCAAUGGUGACUGGACUGACAUGGGUGGGUUUGACGCAGAUCAUCAAAGAGGCUGAACUGCAGCACUUACUAAAAUCACCAGCUGGCCUGACCUAUUUUUGCUCUGGGUGGCUCAUGCUGGCCUUCCCACCCUAUCUCCUGAUGAAUGUGCUUGUUAAGCACAAGAACAUGAAGGAGGUUCUCAGGGAGAGCAUUGCGGUCUACGCAGGAAUACAAGGACAGGAAGCACGUCACUGGCCGCAUGUGUGGAAGACGGCUCUUCUGCUCUUUACUUGGGCUCUGGCACUGUACACCUAUUUUGAGGCACUGUGGCGAAUUGAAGCAGCGGAUGUGACGUCACUUUACGCCACUAAUCACAGCUUCGUAUACAUGCUGUCUUGGAUUGUGCUUUUUGACAAAUUUGUUGCCAUUCGAAUACUGGCCAUGAUAUUUUCAAUUACUGGCAUAGUUCUGUUUGCUUACGUGGACGGCUUCACUGGCAAUACAAUGUGGGGCGUUAUUAUUGCUGUGACAUCAUCGUCCAUGACAGCAGUACACAAAGUCCUCUACAGUAAAUUUGUGGGCGACGCAAGCGUGGGGCAAGCAACACUAUUUUUGUCGUGUCUAGGAGUCCUGUGCUUGGCGUUUUUGUGGCCAAUAUUGCUGGCGAUGUAUCUAACUGGUGCGGAAGUGGUGGACUGGGAGAGGGCUCCGUGGCAUCAGGCUGUAGCAGCCUCGUUACUCCUGCUAGUGUAUCAAGUGUUGUCUGUGUGUGUGGUGCACAUCACAUGGAAGGAGUUUAUUGGCAUUGGAGUUGCACUUUCAAUUCCAGUUUGCGCACUGGUAGAUGGUUUGUGGAAAAGCAAGAAGUUGUCCGGAAUGAAAUUGGCUGCUUUCGCUUUGAUUGGAGUGGGCCUCCUUCUUAUCUUACUACCGGAGAACUGGACGGACUUGGUGGUAAAACCGUUCAAAGCCCGGAAAAAGCAUGCGAGGAGACAGUCCAAUGCUAACUCAGCUAACCACACGCUGCGAAGCCGGCUUAAUAGAACUACGUAUAUGUGACAUGUUAAAACGGGAUUAUCCAGUUGUGUGUGUGUGGCAGAUUCUCCAAAGUGUUGAAGUAAGACUACCGUAAGUUUCGGACUAUAACGAGCGACUUUUCCCCCAGCUUUAAACCCUGCGGCUUAAAGGCAGAACUUCUUCGGGCGAUAUGAAGAAUUCGCCCCCCCCCCCCCCCCCAAUGUGAGGGUAGGUAGGAAUAAAAGCGGUGAUGACAAACUAGCGGUCAGACGUCUCCAGCUACUACCCUACCUUCUCGCCCGAGAGAUCCAUUUUAGAAAACCACCCACAAGAAGCUCCACCUUUAAACAGCGAUGCGGCCUGUUUUCAGAUUUUUCUGAAUUUUUCGGAUUCCGAUUAAUUUUUCCAUGUUGAAGUGUUAACUGUGUGAACCACACACCCUCACCAUGCCAAAAAAACGAGACGAAAUGCUUACGAUGAAGCUUUUAUGUUGUAUAUCUUUGUGGCCUAUAAACCAGUGAGGCUUAUUUGUUAAACAAUAAAGAUUUUUUUAAAAUUUAUUGGGUGCGGAUUAUAAACAGGUGUGCUCAAUAGACAGAAAUUUACGUGUAUUUAAUACAAAGACAGGUCUCUAGAACAGACGCUCCAGAUUGUGAUACUAUAACAAUGAACGGUAUCACUGUGAAGACAGAGCUGUUACAGGGACUACACAAAAGAAAUAAUCAAAUUAACGGAUAUAAAAAUAUCAACUUUAUGUUUAUAACCUGGCAAGAUGAGCUAUAUUUAGAUGGACCGAGUUUGUUAGUCUUUUUCUGUAAUGUCUAUACACUACAUACUUUUAUGAUUACAAUUUGUAUUGUAUAUGUAAAACUAAGUACCAUAUUUAUGAUAGAGAGUUGGGUCUUAGGGCAUCGAUUAUAUAUUUUAGAGUUAUUACACAGCCUUUAUGAUAAAAAAAAUUAUACGAUAUUUUCAGAAAUUCUUUAAAACUCAAUUCCCCUAAACACGCACAUUCAAAAUUUAUAUUAAAAAUAUAAUAUAUAUUAAAAUAUUAUAUUAAAUAAAAUGUUUGUAUUUUACUUUGAGUAUCCAAUAUAUUAAUAUUGUACUUUACACAAAAGUAUUUUUGCUAUCAGCUAUCAUUAUGCUUUAUCAGCAUUGCGCAUUGCGAUCAAACCAUAUCAUUUCAGGAAACAUUUUUGUUCAUCGUACUAAAUAACCUUCAUUACAUUUUUUUUUAAGAAAACCUCUUUCGUAAAGACAAUGAAAACACAGAUUAGUAGCUUUGAAUAUUUUCUGGAGAAGUGUGUUUAACAAAAUGGGUAUUAACGAGCAGGAGAUGAAGCCUAAUAAAAUGUUUACUUUUAAAAAUAAUGCCCUUAAAGACAAACCUGAACAGUUCGCGUUUUUUUCAGAUAUCGGUAGAUAAAGGCGAUAUAAAACUAACCUGUAAAUUUCAGUCUCUGAAUCCCAUCCGUUACACGAUUUGCACAUGCGACCAACGAGCCCCGAUAAUGGUGUAUAACGUCACGCUACUGCAUCAUUCACAAGGUUGCCAGCAGUCAGCACCAAACAGAUACAGAGAGAGAAUAAGUGACAGUUCGGAUUAUUCGGACGCUGACAGAUUGCCUUUCUCGUGGUUCUGAAAAAUGCAGACUUUCAACGUCCGAAUAACCCGAGCUGUCUCUCUGAUUGGUGUUGAUUGUCGGCAAUGUUGUGAAUGGUGUACCAACGUGAUUAGUGUUUAUCGCAGGUAGCGGAUAAUUAACAAAUGGACUUUGGAGGCUGCAAUUUACAGAUUAGGUUU